AUGUUUCUUAAUCAAACUACUUACCUAGUUGGUAGUAGUCCACAGUCAGUAGCGGUCGUCGACGUGAAUAGCGACUAUAAACCCGAUAUUGCUGUUGUAAACUCUGGUUCGACUACCGUCAGUGUUCUUCUCAACGCAGGCAGCGGCACCUUUAAUGCUCAAACUACUUAUUCAGUUGGUACUUACCCAUAUUCAGUAGCAGUCGUCGACGUGAAUAGCGACAAUAAACCCGAUAUUGUUGUUGCAAACUAUGGUUCGAACACCGUCAGCGUUCUUCUCAACGCAGGCAGCGGCACCUUUAAUGCUCAAACUACUUAUUCAGUUGGUACUUACCCAUGUUCAGUAGCAGUCGUCGAUGUAAAUAGCGACAAUAAACCUGAUAUUAUUGUUGCAAACUCUGGUUCGAACACCGUCAGUGUUCUUCUCAACACAGGUAGCGGCACCUUUAUUACUCAAACUACUUAUCCAGUUGGUAGUUAUCCUGCAGCAGUAGCAGUCGUCGAUGUCACUAGUGAUAAUAAUCCUGAUAUUAUUGUUGCAAACUAUGUUUCGGACUCCGUCAGUGUUCUCCUCAACAGAGGCAAUGGUACCUUUAAUAAUCAAACUACUUACGCAGUUGGUAGUGGUCCAAUGUCAGUAGCAGUCGUCGAUGUAAAUAGCGACAAUAAACCUGAUAUUAUUGUUGCAAAUUAUGGUUCGAACAACGUUGGUGUCCUUCUCAACGCAGACAAUGGGACAUUUCAUGCUCAAACUACUUACGCAAUUAGUAGUGGUCCAUAUUCAGUAGCAGUCGUCGAUGUGAAUAACGACAAUAAAUCCGAUAUUGUUGUUGUAAACCGUGGUUCGAAAACCGUCAGUGUCCUUCUUAACGCAGGCAAUGGUACCUUUAAUAAUCAAACUACUUACUCAGUUAGCAAUAAUCCAUACUCAGUAGCAGUCGGCGACGUGAAUAAUGAUAACAAACCCGAUAUCGUUGUUGCAAUUGAGCCUUCGAAUAUCGUCAGUGUUCUUUUGCAUUGUUAA